AUGGCUCCAGCCCGCGCAAUGCGCUUCACCCCGCGAGUCGCUUUUCUGAUGCUGGGAGGAGCUGCCGCCACCCAAAGCCCUCUCACUCGCACUGCUUUCGCUGAAGCUCCAUUGAAAGAUGAAGAUGAACUUCCCGACAAAAAGCCUAUAUACUCCUCUUAUCCCAUAGCGCCCACCACUCCGAAACCAUCUUCAACCUCCCCAGUCUCUAAGCCCAACCCGACAUCUCCUACACCCACCGACCGGUUAACAGCACAAGUAAAACGAGCUCGACUCUUUGCCUUCGACCAGUCUCUGGCCGUCGAGAAUGCAACCAAUAAUUUCCUGACGUGGGCGUUCCGCAAGGAGACCAAUUUCAGCAAUACCAUUGCAUCCCUCGCUCCCGCACCGGAGACGGGAGAGCAGCUCCUGCCUGGCACCAUAUACGUCCUCGUCGCGACUCUUGCAGGUUCGAUAGUCUCUAGAAAUCGAGGGAUUUUUCUAAGAGCGGCUACUCCACUGGCCGUGGGGAUCACGGCUGGCUGGUUCUUAAUCCCGGUUACGAUGCGUAACACCUCGGAUUUGAUCUGGGAGUAUGAGAAGAAGGUUCCGGUUGUGAGCGAGACUCAUGCCCAGAUCGCUGGCUUUGUGAAGGAGAGCUGGAGGCAAGCAAAGACGCACGCUCAAUUCGCGGCGAAUUGGGCCGACGACACGACAGCCGAAGCACGGCAAAAAGUGGAGGAGAUGGUGUCCAAAGGAAAAUAG